AUGACAAACUCCAUCGACGACGAUUCUAUCAAGAUGGCACUGAAGGACUCAGACUAUGGAUUAGUCCUCAGAAUGACGGAAAACAGCGCGUUCAAUGAAGCUGUUAUCCUGACCCCCGCGUACUCCCAAGCGAUCGACGAAAUCCUUGGUGAUCAAGACGCCAGAACUGCAGCGUGCACCUCCCUCACCCUGCUGGAAGAUGUAGCCAAUCGUGUUGAUCUUGAUGAAGCAACUCGGAAACUUGCUAUACUUCAUCUACAACGGCAGAUCAGAAACUUCGCACUUCACUUACUCCCCCUCGACUUCUCCGAUAUCACCGACCUAGCGAUAAAGAAAGUUGAAGUGAAGCCUCUCGUAGAAGAACCCCGCCCGCGCUGCGGAGGAUACGGACAUCAGUUCAGAAGAUGUCCAGAUUAUGUUUGUUGCAUCUGCGAUGAACUAGGACCUGACCAUCUGUCGGUCCACUGCCCGCGACUCAACGGACGCAUUGUGCUCCAAGAGUUUAGCGAUGAAGAGAAGUUUUUCGAAGCUCUCUUAGAUUGGGAGCAUAACCACAAGGCACUCAUGGAUCUAGAACUUCGGCAUCCCACCGAACUUUCCCCUGCCCCUGAAACUCCCUCCGCACCUUCUACAUCCACGAUAGCAAUCCCUGCACUACCUGCCGCUACGAUGGAAGAAGACGUUUGA